AUGCUUCUAAUAACGAUGCUGUUAGUAAUAUCGACCCCGUCAAGGGAAAAAUUAUAUCAAUAUACUCCUUCAUUUAACGAUUUUGAUAAGUUAAUUUAUAAAAUUUAUGACAACAAGCAUAUUCAAACUCCAUUACAAGCAACUACAAAUACUGAUGAAUACAUAUCUUUGGACCCAGAAUCCGAAUUCGAUGCUAAAGUCGAUGAAAUUUUGGAAUCUAAGAAAGUUAAAGAUUCAAAUGAUAAAUAUUGGACUUUAGAUACAAAUAUAAAAGAACAAACUAACUUAAAUAUUCCUUCCUAUUAUUAUGAUGACAAAGAAUCAAAACCAGAACUUCAACCAUUUGAUCCAAGAUUCACAUUAUCAAUGUACUACUACUAUAUAAAUCAACAAUUAUCUCAAAAUAAACAAAAUGAAAAAUCCUCAAAACCAUCAUCAUUAUCAAGACGUAUCCAAAACACAAAUAACAUAAAAAUCCCAUUCAAUUGGUAUGACUGGAUAGAUAUGUCAAUACUAGAUAAUUAUAUACUAGCACCAGAUGAACUAAAACCAGAUUGUGAAAUCUUAAAUGCUACUUACGAUCAUAAAAUAGUGCAUGAUUUACAAUUAAAUGCAACCUUAUUGAGAAAAGGCUGGGAUGAAGCCAAAAAAAAAGAUGAAGAAGAGAAGAAAAAGGCUGAAGAGGAAAAAGUUAAAGCCGAAGAAGAUAAAAAGAAAGCUGAAGAGGAAAAACACAAACAAGAAGAAGAAGCCAAACACAAACAAGAAGAAGAAGCAAAGCAUAAACAAGAAGAAGAAGAGAAGCAUGUACAGGAGGACGACAAGAACAAUCAACAAGAUAAACAAGAGGAAACUAAACCAGAAUCAGAUCGAGAAAACAAAACGGAAGAAAAUAAGGCUGAGGAAAAGAAAGCCGAAGAAAAGUCCGAAGAAAAGCCUCCUAAUAAAAAAAGACAUAACCACUUAACAAAAAGAGAAGAGGAAUUGUUGAAAAAUCUAAAAGAUGUGCAACCUUCGAGCGAAUGGUGUUUAUCAAAUUCACAAUUAUCUGAAUCUCAUAAUGAUGAUCAUAAACAACACCCUGGCUUCAAUGUUUUCAAGACACCAGGAAGAACAACUCCUCAAAAGGGGAAAAUAAUUGGUAAAUCAUAUAUGUAUUCAUAUGCACCACCUCCAUCAUCAAUUAUAUUUUUAACUGAACUGGGUUCAUAUACAGUUGAUAUUGAUUCCAAUUUAAGGUUGUUGAAUAAUCAAAUACCUGAAGAUUAUAUUGCACAAACUAAACUAAAAAAAAUUGAUAUUUUAAAAGAGUUUGGUAAGCUAACUAAAAAUCAUCCGGCUGAUACUAAUAAAGUUAUGAAUGAAUAUAGUUAUACCAUUGCAGAAUCUGAUUUUGAUGUAAAUUGUGAUGCUAUAGUUCAUGAGUACAACAAGAAAUUAGAGAAUGGUGUAAUUUUAACUGAUAAAGAACAACGUUAUCAUGAAAGUUUAAAAUACUCAAUAUAUAAAGUUGCAAAUGGUGGACCAACAAAAUAUUUUGAUGAAGCAAGAUUAUUGGGAACUGAUCAUGGAGAUCAUUAUGAUUGGAGGUUCUUUAAUGGGAUGCUCUUAGGUACAACUGAACAAACAUUAACUUUACAUAGAUUAAUCCGUGCUUGGUUAAGUUUUACAAGAAAAAAUGGUAUUACAACAUGGAUAGCUCAUGGUUCUUUGUUGAGUUGGUAUUGGAAUGGUGUUGCAUUUCCAUGGGAUAAUGAUAUUGAUGUACAAGUCCCUAUAAUGGAUCUACAUAAAUUAUCCUUAAAUUUCAAUCAAACUUUAAUUGUUGAAGAUCCAAAAGAUGGAUUUGGUAGAUAUUUCGUUGAUUGUGGAACUUUUCUAUCAUUAAGAGAAAGAGGUAAUGGAUUAAAUACUAUUGAUGCAAGAUUUAUUGAUAUUGAUACUGGAAUGUAUAUUGAUAUUACCGCGUUAGCUUUAUCAAAUACAAAACCUCCUGAUUAUUAUUUGGAAAAAUUACCUGAAAAUUUUAAAAAGGAUGAAAAUAAUUGGAAAGCUGCUAAUGAGGUCCUACAAAUUUAUAAUUGUAGAAAUAAUCAUUUUACUCCAUAUGAAGAUUUAUCACCACUUAUGAAAACAAUUGUGGAGGGUGAAUUUGGAUAUAUACCAAAAAGAUUUUCUAAUAUUUUAUCAACUGAAUACAAGCAUGGUUUAUCGUCAGAUACUUUUGAAAAGCAUGUGUUCAUUCCAAAAUUGAGACUCUGGAUCAAGGAAGAAGAUUUGUUUUAUUAUUUAAAAGAUCGUAAAAAAUGGAUACAAUAUCAUACAUCAGAUAAUCAAGAAGAUGCAACUUCAUAUGAAUUAACAACUGAAGAAAGAUUAAAAUUGAAAGAAGGUAAAAAUCCAUAUCAAGAUCAAUAUUUAUUCAAGUUAACAAAGCAUCAACUUGAUAAAAUCUCAACUUUCAAUUACGACGACAUAACUGAUUUAUUACUUAAAGAUGAAAUUUUACUAGCUUAUUUAACAUCAAGAGAAUUUACAUCUUUCCAUGAAAACGAAAUUAUGAAAUUAACAUGGGGUAAAAAUACAGCUGAAUUAAUUUUGAAACAAAAAGAUUUUCAACCUUUACAAUAUGAGCCAUUUUUAUACAAGUUAAGAAAUGAAUUUGAAACUUUUGAUUCAAGAAUUACUAACUUAAAGGAAUUAACGGAUUAUUUUCAAUCUGGUAUACAAUUUGAUCCAUUUGUCAUAACUGAAACUGAUUACGGCUUAUAA